AUGAAAGACGAAGGCAUGCGUCGUUGCAACGAGAAGACAUACAACCUUGAUAACACAUACGAAGCUAAGUACGUCCGUCUUAUUCAAAACGAAGCUUGCCCUGGUGAACCUCCAUGCAUUGCUAUCAACCGCUUCGAACUCCUUGGCGACACAAUCAACGAUGUUCCAUCUGAACAAGACAACUUUGUUUCCUUCCACGACGACGACGACGUCAGUAUCAUUGGUCAUAUCUCUAAACAAGGUCACAUUCAUGCCGAAUAA